AGAAGAAGAAAGAGUAUUGUUAGAAGACUACAAAUGUUUUGGAAUGACAAAAGUUACUUUGAAUUAUGAUAAUUGGAAUUCGUAUGAUAUGUUGAAGGCUAUUUUGCCUGAAGGAAUUGAAAUUCCAACAUCAUACAGCUUGACAUUUCAGUAUGGAAAUUCUGGCAGGGGAUAAGAAUACCAUUACAACUGUAAAAGAACAUGGUUGUACUUAUGAAUUAGAUUUUUCUCAAGUUUACUGGAAUUCCCGAUUAAGUACAGAACAUACAAAUUUGAUUACAUUUAUGAAAGUAAAUGAUGUUUUGUACGAUGUGUUUGCCGGAGUUGGACCAUUUGCUAUUCCUGCUGCUCGUAAAAGAAUUGAAGUAUUUGCGAAUGAUUUAAAUCCUGAAGCUUACAAAUGGCUUCAGAGAAAUAUUAAAAUUAAUAAAGUUGAAGCGAAUGUUAAGUCUUUUAACAUGGAUGGUAGAGAUUUUUUAAGAAGCGUCGUUAAAACUGAUAUUUUAAAUAGAAGAGUUAAUAAUAAAGCGGGUUGCGAACACAUAGCUAUGAAUCUACCGGCUUUUGCUGUUGAUUUCUUGGAUGUGUUUUUUAAUUGGUUUAACUCAGAUGAAAUUAAACAAAUGUGUUAUCAACCACCGAUCGUACAUCUAUAUUGUUUUGUAAAAGUAAAUAAAAGCGAAGAUGCUUGUAAUGUUGCGCGAUCACUGGUAGAGGAGAAACUUGGUUGCACAUUAAAUUCAGAUUCUUUAGUCAAUGUACAUUAUGUCAGAAAUGUUGCUCCUGCUAAAGAAAUGAUUCGUGUAUCAUUUCUACUGACUAAAAAUAUUUUGAAAGGCGAGGAGCCAGCAAUGAAGAAAUUAAAAAUGAAAAAUAAUUUGAAUGAACCUACGAAUGAUAAUAUUACAGAAAAUAAUGGGAAAGAACAAGGGAAUGCAAAGAAAGCAAAAGAACAAGAAUGUAUUCAAAGUAGCGACUGUUCGUAGUGUGAAAUUAAAAGCAAAAGCACAAAAAGUUACUUCCAAUUUGAAAAAAUUGAAUUUAAAAGAAAACAAAGCUGACAAGGGGUGCAAGAAUAAAACAGCUCAAAUAGAUGAACAGCUUCAAGAACUAUGCAAGGAGGUACGUCAACCGAAACCAAAAAUGAAAAUAAAUAAUGUAAAGCAGACAAAAAAGAAGAAAAUGUCCAAUGCAACACCGAUACGGACUGAUAUAACAACUUCCAUGAUUGAGAAAAUACAAAUUUAAUAGAUACGUUUAGUUUAAGAUGAAUUUUGUAAAUUCUAAGUUAUGUAAAUUUAUAUAAAACAAAAAUUUUAUUAUAUAAAAUAAACAUAAUUUAAGACACAA